UUGAAACCCACAAAUCGAAGGUGACCAAAAGCUUGCUUAUAUUAACCCAAUUUUUGGAUUGUAAGAGCGUGUGACCUAAAUGGCUAAAUCAAAGCCGCAAACAUUGUUGUCACCAGACAUGAAAGAGGCGCCUUUUUGUUGAUCCCGCUCUCAAACGGCAACCAUGUUUCUUUAAAUUAUAAAUAAAAUUGAUGGCGGCGCUAGCCCAACAAACCAAACCCAAUUUCUUGCUGUCGCGCUUUAAAGCCUUUCUUGUCUUUCAGAAAUUUAAUCACAACACGUAUUCUAAAGACAAACAUCGGGAACAGCACUCUGCUAAUAUGGGUUCUGGGUCUGUGGUUGAUGCUGGUGAAAUUGACUUCUCAAAGUGGAGGAAGCUUUACUCAAGGGACUUUGGGAUAAGUAACUCCUUGAUACCAGCAUAUGCAUGGACGGUUCUGAAGAGUCUCCAAAGUGGAGGGUUUGAAGCUUACUUGGUUGGUGGAUGUGUCAGAGAUCUAAUUCUCAAUAAAAUACCAAAAGAUUUUGAUGUUAUCACAACUGCAAGGCUUCCGCAGAUAAAAAGGCGUUUUCAUCGUGCAAUAAUUGUUGGACGACGGUUUCCAAUAUGUAGAGUACAUGUCAAUGGUUCUAUUGUGGAGGUAUCAAGUUUUGAUACUAGGGCAAAACCAACCGGAGCAAGUGAGAAACUUUCUGUUCCUAAAAUGCCAAAGAAAUUUCAUCAGAAGGAUUUCAUUCUCUGGAAGGAUUCCAUGCACCGAGACUUCACUGUUAACAGUUUGUUUUUUGAUCCGUCCGUGAAUACAAUCUAUGAUUAUGCCGAUGCAAUAGUGGACUUAAAAUCUUUACAGUUAAGGACUUUGGUACCAGCACAAUUGUCAUUUGAAGAGGAUUGUGCAAGGAUCUUGCGUGGCAUGAGACUUGCUGCUCGCCUGAAGUUGUCCUUUUCAAAGGAGAUUGAAAUUGCUAUGCACAAACUCUCACCGUCCAUAAUGAUAUUGAACAAGUCUAGAUUAAUGAUGGAAGUCAACUAUAUGCUGUCUUAUGGAGCUGCAGAGCCUUCUCUUUCUUUACUUCAGAGAUACAGCAUCCUUGAAAUGCUGCUACCAUUUCAUGCAGCACACCUUGCUCAACAGUCUAACAAACAGUUGAGUGAAAGUUCUGUUAUGUUGAUGAAACUAUUUUCCAGUUUGGAUCAACUAGUUACCUGUGAUCGACCUUCUCAUGAUAGUUUGUGGGUUGCACUCUUGGCAUUUCAUCUAGCACUAAUCACUGAUCCUCAAGGGGCAUUUGUCGUCCUGACUUUUGCUUCUGUGUUGUACCAUGGAAAUUGGAAGGAAGGUGUUAACUUUGCUAGAAGACAUUCUGAUGCUGCAUCUAUUUAUGCACCUGAAAUUUCAGAUUCCCAAGGCUCCAUAUCAGAUGAUGAGCUUGUGGAAAGAGUUACAGAGCUGGCAGUGCUAGUGCAAAAUUCUUUAGACAUUUUGACUGAUAAGGACAGCCUCCAGGAAGCAAUGUCCAAGUUCCCAGGUUCCCCAUGCUCUGGUUUGGUGUUUGUAUCUAAGAACAUGAGGAAGGUCGUUGAAGUAAUUUUUGACGUUCUGAUAGGAGAUGUGAGAUCUCUCAAAACCAGGAGGAAUAGUUUUGAGAUAGAUUAUACUCUGCUUGGGAAAGGACAAACGCGUGAGACAAGGUUUGUUCUCGGUAAAGUCAUCCUUGAUACGAUAGCUCCUGGGGUCAUUCCCGGCAGUGAAGUGAUGAAACAUACCCUGGUUAAAGUUGAUGCUCAAUUGAGUAAAAAUGCUCCGAAGGAAAAUAUGGAUGGAAAUGUGAAGCUCAAGAAAAGGAAGUUCGCGUGUGAAGAUGAUAAUCAGCCCAAUGCAAGUUCUGAAAUUAAACAUAAUAGAGAUGAGAAGCUGAACACGGUUAUUGCCAAGCAAUCCAAGGAGAAGGCUGUUGAGAAGCAUGAUAAUGAAUCUCUUAGUCAGAAACUGGAUAACGGGGAUGCAGUAACUAAGAAAAAAAGUAAGGGUGAGCAGAGUGAAUUGCCACAGAAUGGAACAAGAAUGGUGCUUGAAGCAAUGAAGCAUCCAGUGCCGUCUCACAAAAAAGAGCAAAAGGGAGGCAAUAAAUAUCAGCAGACUUCGGCAAACCAUUUGAAACUUAUACACAAUGUUGACAAUGGUGCGACUACCAAGCAGCACAAGCUGAAAGAGAAGCGUGAUUCCUCACAAGAACAGAAGGAGGAAAAGAGUGAGUCGUUACAUAGCAGAAAACAUGAUUUGAAGGGAGGUAAGUUGGCUUCGGAUGAGAAGAGUAAACCAAAAGCUGGAAACCAAACACUUUCAGAUCUUUUCAGGAGGUGAGUUUAACUGUAUCUUGUAAAAUCAUAUCCUCUC